AUGGAAGCGAUGUCCCCCCAGCAGGAGACUCUAGGGGGACAACCGGGGCGCUCCUCUUCCCUGACAGGAGUGUCUCGGAUCGCAGGCGGCCCCGGCACGAAGAAGAAAAUGAAAACAUUAGCAGAAAGGAGGAGGAGUGCUCCAUCUCUUAUCCUGGAUAAAGCCCUGCAAAAGCGGCCCAGUACCAAAGAAAGUCCUUCUGCUAGCCUGGACACAUGUGCAUUUCUGUCAUCAUUUAUGUGCUCCGAUAGGACUCUGCUUAUUGAUGGCCGUGUAGAACUCAAGAGAGGCCUGCAGAGGCAGGAGCGGCAUCUUUUCCUUUUCAAUGAUCUGUUUGUUGUAGCCAAAAUCAAAUAUAACAAUAACUUUAAGAUAAAAAAUAAAAUAAAAUUAAGUGACAUGUGGACAGCAAGCUGUGUGGAUGAAGUGGGAGAAGGCAACACCAAUGCCAUGAAAUCCUUUGUCUUGGGCUGGCCCACAGUGAACUUUGUGGCCACUUUCAGUUCUCCAGAACAGAAGGACAAAUGGCUCUCUCUCCUUCAAAGAUACAUCAAUCUAGAGAAAGAAAAGGACUACCCGAAGAGCAUUCCCCUCAAAAUCUUCGCCAAGGACAUUGGGAAUUGUGCCUAUUCUAAAACUAUAACAGUAACGAAUUCAGAUACAGCAAAUGAAGUUAUCAACAUGUCACUACCAAUGCUAGGGAUAACUGGCUCUGAGAGAGAGUACCAGUUAUGGGUCAAUUCUGGCAAAGAGGAGGCACCAUACCCACUUAUUGGGCAUGAAUAUCCCUAUGGAAUUAAAAUGAGCCAUCUUCGAGACACUGCACUCCUGGCACAGGGAUCAAAGGACUCCCCCACACCUUCCAACCUCCAAGAGCCCUUCCUCACGGAGCAGCUGCCCCGAGAGAUGCAGUGUCAGUUCAUCCUGAAGCCCAGCCGCCUGGCUGUGACCCAGCAGCUGAGUGAUUCAGGUCAGAAGACAUUUAAAAGGAGAAGAUCUAUCAUAAACUGGGCCUUUUGGCGGGGUUCUAGCAUUCACCUGGAUAACUUGCCCGUGUCACCAACAUCUCCUAUCCCAGGACAGCUCUUCGGGGUUUCUCUGCCAGAUAUUUGUGAGAAUGACAACCUGCCCAAAGCUGUCUUGGAUAUGCUUUUCUUUCUUAAUCAGAAAGGACCUCUCACAAAAGGAAUCUUCAGACAGUCGGCCAAUGUGAAAUCCUGCAGAGAGCUGAAAGAAAAACUGAAUUCCGGAGCUGAAGUACAACUAGACUGUGAAUCUAUUUUCGUAAUAGCAUCUGUCUUAAAGGAUUUUCUACGAAAUAUUCCAGGAAGUAUUUUUUCAUCAGAUCUCUAUGAUCACUGGGUCUGUGUAAUGGAUCAAGGAAAUGAUGAAGAGAAAAUAAAUGCAGUUCAAAGGCUAUUAGACCAGCUUCCGAGAGCCAAUGUUCUUCUCCUAAGGUAUCUUUUUGGUUUAUUACACAACAUUGAGCAACAUUCUUCAUCCAAUCAGAUGACCGCAUUUAAUUUAGCAGUGUGCAUCGCCCCAAGCAUUCUUUGGCCUCCUGCUUCCUCUAGCCCAGAACUAGAAAACGAAUUUACAAAAAAGGUUUCUCUGCUUAUACAGUUUCUUAUUGAAAACUGCUGUCGGAUAUUUGGAGAAGAAAUCACGUCCCUCUUGGGAGAGGUUUCAGUGAGAUGUGAUUCUAGAGAGAAUGCCUCAGAUAUCUCUUGCUUCCAACUGAAUGACUCCUCCUAUGACAGCUUGGAAAAUGAGCUGAAUGAGGAUGUUGACGCCCCAUGUAGUGACUUGGUAAAGAAACUUGGUCAGGGUAGCAGAAGCAUGGACUCCGUGUUAACCCUCAGUGACUAUGACCUCGACCAGCCUGAGGUGGAAGGCCUUUUAACCCUAAGUGACUUUGACUUAGACCAUUCUAAAGAUGAAGACAUUCAAAUGGGACAGCCCCUGGAAUCCAAGCCAGUGGACACUGCAGUGUACACCAAGGUCCCACACGCCCAGGCCCCCUCUGGCACGAGCACACCCAGCCGCCUGUCCACAGCUGCCGCAGAUGCUCCAAAAGGCCUGAGGCGACACCGCCGCUGCUCAGAGCCCAGCAUCGACUAUCUCGAUUCAAAGCUUUCCUAUCUCAGGGAGUUUUAUCAGAAAAAGCUACGCAAGUCCAGCUGUGAUGCCAUUCUCUCAAAAAAAGAUGAGAGCCAUCUGAGUCAGAAUCAACCCCUUCAGGAAGGGGGUAAGACAUGUUUUAAAAAGAGUUUAGUCACAGGCAUUGAUAGCAAGAAAAAUGCCGCUAGUAAAAAUGUUAAGAAGAAAAGCUUGUCUGAUAAUGAAGGAAGUCAUGUAAAACUUUUUCCUAAAUCCAAGCCAGUAGCCAUUUCCAUGGCGUCUUACAGUCACAUGACCUCCUGUGAUCAUCCCAGGAGCCAGCCCUUUGACAUGGAUGCAUCCGAAUACUCCCCGCCACACACUGCAGACGCCCUCAAGAGUUCAAGGAGACAACGGCGCUGCUCAGAGCCCAGCAUUGAUGACCAGCACUGCAGACUGACCUAUCUCAGGGGGAUUUAUCCAAAGAAGCAGCAGAAAGCCAGCUACGAAGCCAGUCUCUUGCAUGGAGAAGAAGAUUAUCUCAAACGGCACAAGUCUUUACAAAUGGAGGGCCAAAAGCUUAUUAAUCAGAGUUUGGUCAUGGGGAUUGAGGUGGGCAAGAGUAGUGCCACAAACCAAAACACAGAGAAGGUUUUACCCCCAAGUUUAAACCUUUGCUCAAGGACUAGCUAUUCCAGCUUGUCCUCCCCAGGCACUUCCCCAUCUGGUUCAUCAGUGAGCUCCCAAGACAGUGCUUUUUCUCAGAUUUCUGAGCACUCUGUGUUUACACCCACUGAAACAUCCUCUCCAAUAGAUUGUACUUUUCAAAGAAAACAGGCAGAGCUUUCUUCUGACUUUAGCAGUUCUGGCCUCAUUUCUGGAAUUCCUGGUCCCUCAUCAGGGCAGGCCAGUGGCCACCUGGCUUAUACAAAAAAGGACAGCGUAGAGUGGCAUUCACACAUGCAUUCUGUAACUCUUCACCCCAGCACAUGGUUGAAGAGUGGUGUAGCCAGUUUGAAAAACUGGUCUCUCAAAAAGAAGGCAAGGGCACCCAGACCAGAGGACAAUAAAGUGGGUUCUCUAAAAGGACCCAUGGAUCCUCCUGCACAUGCUUCUGGUGUUCUAGAAGCCAUCACACUGCAGGAGAGGCAGAAAGACGUGCCCCAAAGGGCAGCUGAAGGACUGGGAGCUGUGCAGACGGCCCGCUGGUAUAGUUCCCACCCCAGCCAGGACUCAGAGAAGUACUGUAGCUCUCCAUUCAGCCUCAUGGAAGACAGACUUGGGCUUCGUAUGAAGUCACCCACGGAAGGAGAGGAUAGUGGGCAGUGCUGUCCUGGUAUGCUGCCCCAGAGAAGAUCCUCCCCCGGCUCUUUGACUCUGGAUGAUGCAUCCAACCCAGACUCAGGGCCACCCGUGGUGUGUGAUGCUGAGGACAGACAUUUGGCCAAAGACAUGUAA